UCGCGGGUUAUAAGGGACCGCUCUCUCCGCCCCCAGCGGAGUCUCCCUCCGCCCCUGCCCGCGCUCUCCACCCCUUCCUCCGGCCGCGCAGAAGGGCAUGGAGUUGGCGGGAGCCUAUAAAAGCCCCUGAGAGCCCGCCGGGGCCACGGCACUGCGACAGCCUCCGCGGGCACAGCCGGGCCGCGCAGCAUGUCCCACCACUGGGGGUACGGCAGCCACGAUGGACCCGCUCACUGGCACGAGCACUUCCCCAUUGCCAAGGGAGAGCGCCAGUCCCCUGUUGCCAUCUGCACCAAGACCGCCAAGUACGAUCCUGCUCUGAAGCCUCUCAGUUUCAGCUACGAUGCCAGCACGGCUAAAGCCAUUGUCAACAACGGGCACUCCUUCAACGUGGAGUUUGACGAUUCUUCCGACAAGUCAGUCCUGCAAGGAGGAGCACUGGAUACAGUCUACAGGCUGGCACAAUUUCACAUUCACUGGGGAUCUUGUGAGGGCCAAGGGUCCGAGCACACUGUGGAUGGUGUGAAGUAUGAUGCAGAGCUCCAUAUUGUUCACUGGAAUGUAAAAUAUGGUAAAUUUGCUGAAGCUGUGAAGCAUCCUGAUGGUUUGGCUGUGGUAGGCAUCUUCAUGAAGGUAGGAAAUGCCAAGCCUGAAAUACAGAAAGUUGUGGAUGCUCUGAACUCCAUUCAAACCAAGGGAAAGCAAGCUUCCUUCACAAACUUUGACCCCACUGGACUGCUUCCUGCAUGCAGAGAUUACUGGACAUACCCUGGUUCACUGACCACUCCUCCACUGCUCGAGUGUGUGAUAUGGCACGUUCUGAAGGAGCCCAUCACUGUUAGCCCUGAGCAGAUGUGUAAAAUCCGUGGCCUUUGCUUCAAUGCUGAGAAUGAGCCCGUGUGCCGUAUGGUGGACAACUGGCGCCCAUGUCAGCCUUUGAAGAGCAGGGAAGUCAGAGCUUCCUUCCAGUAAACUCAGCGCUGAGUGCGUUAGAAAUGGCUGUGUUUGUGAGGAGCCCCUUUUGCUAAGCCCAAAUCAAACCUUUGCCAUGUGUGCUCUGGCAACAUCUUGUCUCCCAGAUCCAUUCUUUCUUUCGCUCUGCAUCUGAAAUGCCAGCUAAUAAAAUGUGAAAGGCUCUUGGCCAAAUAGGAAAGGGUUCUUAAGGUGUGGGGUUGGGAAGGCAUGGGGGGGGUGGCUGUGUGUGUUUUGGUGACUAUUGCUGCAACUGACACUUUGGUGUAACAAACAGUAUGUUGGCUAGUUGGGGGAGGAUAUGGUGGUAGUAGCAAAAUAAGCCAUUUUAAGAAACCUCAUCCUCUGGUAUGAUAGUACACAUAACUAACGAUAACUUGAAGCUUUGUGAAAAGCACAGGAAUACAGAAUCUAGAUAUAAUUUAGGAAAAAAGUAUUUUGAGAAAGUGAAGCAAAAUGAAUAUUGAGAAUUAGACUUAUUAGAUUUUAAGAAACUGACAUGUAAAUAUUUUUUCAGACCGUUUUACAUUUUUACCCAUGCUAUCAACAACCUUGAUUAUGUCUUAAUGGUAGUGUUGGAUUUUUUUAAUUAAAAAUGUCCUAAAUUAAGUAUUAUGUUUAAAAGUUGUUAUUACCAUAGAAGUAAUACAAAAUAUCUUUUCACUAAAAUAAUAUAUGCUCUAAUUUAAGGAGGAAAAUAAUAUUGUAUUUUAGAUAACUUCUCUAAUAAAUCUAUACUUAUA